AUGUCCAACCAGGCUCAACCUGGGUCGAUUCUCGCCCAGGUCGAGUAUGUCAUCUUCAGUUUGCAGUCCAUAACAUACGUCUCCGGCGCUGCAUUCGUCGUCUGGCUCUGGGACAUUCUAUUGAAUCUCGACAUCGAGACAUCCGUAUUGUGGCAGCAGAAUGGUGCUUUUAUCAAAGUCCUUUAUAGUUUAGUCCGAUACGGCCCCUUCCUGGUUAUUGUGCCAAACUUUUUGGUUUACAUGCCAAACCAUGUAGUUACGCUCUCUAACAAGUUGUAUGUCAUAUGUAUCCCGCCGUAUAUCAACUUCAUGCUCCGAAAGCUGCGUAAACCUCUAUAUUGUGAUGCCGUCUUCGCCCUUCGUGUAUACGCACUUUACAAGAACAUUCGCUGGAUGAGAAUGCUCAUCGCUUCCAUUACAGUCACGAGUCACCUUGGAACUUGCUGUUACACUGUUGUAGCGGCAAGAAUCAUUUAUCGGAGUAUGGUCUGGUUCGACCCCUUAAAAGUCUGCGUGGCGCUCGAUCCACCUAGGAAGGCCCUUUCCAUAAUGUGCGCCUCGUCGCUGAUCCUCGAAGUUGUCAUUUUUGCGGCUACUCUCUACCACGCGAUUCGUUUUCGCCGCGACCAUUCGCAUUUGGGAGAAACGGCAGCAGGAAUGGUCAUCAAGACUUUACACAAAGAUGGAUUCAGCUACUUUGCCCUAAUCUUUACGUCGAGGCUUAUCAUUUGCAUACUGCUUUGGUGCAAUACAUCACUCGCAUUCAUACUUUUGGUAUACAUCGAGUUUUCUGUGGUCAGCACCAUGACAAGUCACUGGCUACUCUCUUUUCGACAACUCGCUAUGGGUUUCUGGGAACAACCCAUGGUUACGGAUGCAGGUCGCUCGACGAGUGCAACGAUCACCAUGUUCCCCACCACCACCUUUGAAGUCUCCAACGGAGGCCUUAGCCUCCCCUCCUUCGAUCCAGGAACGGCUGGGCGAGAACAAAAUCCUUGA